UCCACGAAGGCAGCACGAAGACACAAGCCGGGAGAGCGCACAUGAGACUCAACUCUUCACUUUGCACGCAAUCUUGGUCCUCUCUGUAAGCUGCCCUGAAAAAAUGGAGCACCUGGAAAACUCCACAGCUUUACCUGAACGCCUCUUCCUGUUAACAGAGAGCAGCGCGAGCUCCCAGGUGGACAAAAACGGUGGGAACGCCUACCUGUACAUAUUAAUAGUCAUGUCUUUCUACGGAGUCUUCCUCUGUGGUAUAAUGCUGGGCUACUUUCGCUCCAAAAGAAGGGAGAAAAGGAGAAUCAACAUCUUCACUCAUCUUGUGCACGAGGAGGAGCAGCGGGAGUGGGGCGCGCUGCCCAGGAAACACAGCCUCACCUUUCCCGCUGCUGUGUCGGGACUUCGCUCGGUGCAGGUGUCCCUGCCUUUCUGCGGUAACCACAGUAACCACUUUGGAUACCUUCACAACGAGGGUACGCUGCCCAACCCGCUAGCGUGCGCGCUGUGCACGGAGCAGAGCAGCAUCAGCUCCCUGUGCUCGUCCGCGGACACGCGCUUCGCCAUAGAGGAGGAGACGGACAGCGGAACAGCGGAGGAGCAGGAGGAGAACGUGAAGGGAAGCUCCGAGAACAGCGGAGAUGAUUCAGGCUGAACUCCGCCCACAAAAACUGUGUUUUAUCUUUAAAAGAAGAGAAAAGAUGAGCAGCUCCAGGAGGGAGGCUCAGAGGGCGUCCUCAUGUCAAAGAUGGUCAAACAGUCCAACAUUUACCCGAAUCAUCUAUUACCUUUGCACUGGGGCCUCCUGCUUCAGUGGGCCUAAGACAUAGUCAUCACAGGUGUGCAUCAAAUAUAUGCUAUCUAAAAGUGCAUUCAUUUAUUAAGGCAUCUAUUUUGAAUGUAAAUAAGGGGCUGGAUAUGAUUAAAAUUACAUCUAAAUUGAUUAUCAUUAUCCAACAGUAUCCCAGAGGAGGACCCAUGGCCAAAACAGCAAGGUCCAAGUCCUUCAAAAGGCCUCAAAAUGUCUUCAUAUGAUGCAAAAUAUAGCAAGGUAGAUCCCUACUGACAUGUUGCAGCAAUACAUUGGUGCAUUACUGAGUGGUAAACUGGCAUGCAAAAAUAAUAAUGUAUGAUCUGUGGCAAUUGUGGAUAUUUGCACCAAUAGUGAGCAUAUCUAUCCAACAGUUUUAUAAGCAAUACACUCUUCCUAGCGACAUUUUUAUUUUAUUAAGAUGUGGUCAGUUUGACUAAUGAUGCUCUUCCAAGAGGAAGUGAGCAAUUACUUUUGGGUAUUUGUUUUUUGUUUGUUUGUUUGUUUUUUUGUUUUUUGUUUUCUAAUUUAGAUUUGGGUAUGUCCUCUGGUUCUCUGACUAAAGAUGCUUUAGUUUUUUUUCACUCGGCAUGCCCGUUUUUAAAAAAUUGGGGAAGGGCCUCAUACUGCUCCUUGCCUGGUGGUGCCAAAUUACUUAAACUGCCCCUGCCCUUCAUAUAAAUGUCUUUUAGAUAUGGUUAAAGUAUAAGAGCAAGAAUUGGACUUAAGUUGGCAAAAGAGCCAUUGCCAUCAAUAAUUUUCCAUCCAUCCAUUUUCUAUACCGUUUAACCCGUUAGGAGUCGUGGGGGGGCUGGAGUAAAUCACUCAGUGGUUGACAUCUUAUUAAAUCAAGUAUGCAACAUUCAGGCCCACACAAACAAAAAAGUAAUAGAGGAGGAAAAAUGAGGAUAAAACACUGUACACCACAAAGAGAAAUCACCCCAAAGCUUUAUGCUGGAACAGUUUGAUUUAUUCAUAGAUUUAAACAAUAUCCACAUGUAUUUCAAACCUAACGUAAGACAUAACAGAAAAGAAAACUGUGUUAUUUUAUAUUCUAAAUACGACUUUAUCUCAUCUGAUGGUGACCCGUCCCUGGAUGAACCCUUCCUGACACUACAUUGAGAGCUGAACCACAGCUUGUGCUGAUGCCUUGCAGGUGGCUCUUUGGCUGUUUGUUUGAACUGAACUUGACUCGCUCUUUCCAUCCUGCAUGGUGUGGAGCAUUAAAAUGUACCUGGAACCCACUUGAAAGAUUGUCUGAGCUCAAACGUGUUCAUGACGGACACUGGUCGUACACAGUCGGUGAUGUAGGUUUACUUGAUGAAAGCAAUGCACUGUAAAUACUGUUUGUGUUUCACCGUAUGGCUUAAUUUAAGACAGAGUCUUUUAGUGUUUCGAAAAAAUAAAUGAACUGAUUCAA